UGCUACGUAGCAAUAAGGUCGCCCUUUGUAAUCUUUCUCUUUUUUCUAUCUUCUCUGUAUUAUGUCCUGUCUAGCGUGCAAUAAAGAAUAUUAUUAUUACGGAAUAAAAAUAUGAACGAUUUUGGAUAUUUCUAUGCGGUUUACCCAUAUUUAGUAGAUGAUGGGACUUCCCUAUAAUAUGUAUUUACCUUGAAUGUUAUCACAAUAUUUGGUUUUCCUGAAAUAUCCUGACAUGUGUCCUGAAAACCGUAUAAAUACGAGACAUCAUUACAAAAUGUGUCAUAAUUGUUACAGGCGUGUUGAGAGCAUGGUGUCGCGUAGGUGACCGGUCGCUUUAUUGUAAGAUGACAAGAGUAAGUGGGGGAAAGUACGAUGGCUCCAGACUGCGAGGAGGCGGAGCGUCUGAACGUGGACUACCAUCAGGAGCACCAGAGCAGGAGGAUCCUGCCGCAAGAGCCGGUACCUACGCACGCGUGGAUCGAGGAAGAGUUGGACCGGCCCGAUAGUGCCACCAACAGCCCUGGCGAGAACAGACGAUUGCUCAGCCCGACCAGUGUCUCCUCCAAAUCAAAACUCCAAGCUGGUCUCACUCUAGCAGUGUGCAAUGUUCCCAAGAAAUAUCCGCAGAUUUCAAAAUGUACCAGACAAAAAACGAAAUUCGAAAAGAGAAAGGAGAAGCUAAUAGAUUUCCUCAGGCCGCCUUACUUCAUAGUCUCGAUGAUUAUUUUAAUUAUUUGUAUACAUCUUUGGUUGCCGGAAGAGGCACGCGCGUGGCUAGAGUGGUCGCCGGGCGCAUGGCGCCGCGAGCCGUGGCGUCUGCUCACGUACGGCUGCGUCCACGCGAGUGCUGCUCAUCUCGCGCUGAAUGCUGUCGUAGCACUCGCUGUGGGUUGGCGACUCGAGCGUGAGCAGGGUUGGUGGCGGGUGGUGAUAGUGUGGGCGGGCGGCGUGGCUGCGGGCGCUUUAGGAGCGGGGGCGCUGCAACCGCGCGUGCGCGUCGUGGGCGCUUCUGCUGCUGUCUACGCGCUGCUCACGGCGCAUUUGCCCAACGUGUGUCUCAGAUUCGGUCACAUUCCUCUGUGGUGGUUCCGCCCGCUAAGUGUGCUGGUGCUGGGUGCGUCGGAGGGUUGCUGGGCGCUGGUGCGCGCGGCGCCGGCGGCGGCGGCGCAGGCGCAGGCGCGCGCCCCCCCCCCGCCCCCGCCCCGCCCGCGGGGGGCGGCGACCACGUGGCGUGGGCCGCACACGCUCUAGGAGCGGCUGUCGGUGUGCCGCUCGCGUUCAUUGUAUUUAGUGGUGAAAACGAUUCAAAAAUCUUGGUGAAGGCGAGCCGCGUGCUGUCGCUAGGUCUACUGGUGAGCGGAGUGGUGGUCGCCGUCCUGAAUUUUACACUUUGGAACGACCUCGACCCUUACUGAGAAGUCUGCUUCAAUAAUUCAAUAGAAAAUGACUGAUAAACCUUCUGUCG